AUGUACGACAGUACGCCGCAUAUGACUUUUGUGGGCUCGGCAUUGUACGAUGUAGCUCAGUACCCAGAGAACAUUAAAGACGAUGUCUUCACUUAUUACUGUACAAAGUCUCACGUGAAGGUUAUGAAUCAAUACAAUAUCUCCAAGCUCUUACUCCUAUACGCAGUCAUCAAACUAUCCUCCAGCGUCGACGACUCAAUCGUCAUCAACACCCUCGAUCCAUGUUUCUGCAAGACAGGCCUAGGCGGCGAAUCAUCUGGAUCCGCAAAAGUCGCGCGUGCCAUUUUUGCAUCUCUGUUCGCCCGCACAGCGGAAGAAGGAUCUAGACUCAUUGUCAAAGCUGCUUCAACGGGUAGAGAGAGUCAUGGCGGGUAUAUGCGUGCUGGAGAAUUGCAGGCUUACGCUCCCGUUAUCACGAGUGCGGAAGGGGUUCAGAGGUCUGAGCAUGUUUGGGGGGCUUUGUGUUCGAAGCUGGAAAGGUUACAGCCUGGUGUUUUGGCUAAUGUGACUGCUGUUUAG